UACCGAACGCGUCACGAGACGGGGAAACAGCUGACGUGGUGACGUCAGGGUGUUGACGGUGUUUCGGUAACGAGAAGGAGCGCCGCAGUAAACAUGUCGCUGAAUCGAAACCACUCGCAGAACGGCGGAGUUCUAGUACACAACGGGGAGAGUGUUCUGAGAGAGUGUAAGAAUGUGGAGCUCUCCUUCAGUGAUGUCAGCAGUAAGACUGAUCUCCUCAAGGGGACCAAGAAGGGUUCUGUUUACCUCACACCAUACAGGCUGGUGUUUGUGUCCAGUAACAAGGACUGCCUGGGCUCCUGCAUGUUCCCCUACUACCUGAUGAAGGGCUGCAGCAUAGAGCAGCCCGUCUUCGCUGCCAACUUCAUCAAGGGGACCGUGUCAGCUGAACCCGGCGGUGGCUGGGAGGGCAGGGCCAGCUUCAAGAUGUCUUUCACCAGCGGGGGAGCCAUCGAGCUGGGCCAGCACCUCUUCAAACUGGCCACCAACGCGUCUCGCCCUCCCGCAGCACAACCCGGCGGGCCGUCGUUUGGCUACCCAUCCCCCGGGGGGGUGAACGGCUUCACCCCCGCUCCUCCAGGCUACUGCCCCCAAGCGCCGCAGCACAACGGGUUCUACCAACCUCCCCCCCCUCAACAGAAUGGAUUCUACCAACCUCCACCGCCACAGCCCAACGGGUUCUACCAGGCUCCGCCCCCUCAGCCCAACGGGUUCUACCAGGCCCCGCCCCCUCAGCCCAACGGGUUCUACCAGGCUCCGCCCCAUGGGAACAUGGGCUACCCCUUCCCCACCACCGCUGCCGGUGUGUACCCCUCUGCUCCCGCCUACAUGGCCCCUCCCCCCGCCUACCCUGGACCCCCCCAGAACUGGAGCGCCCCCCCAACCACACCGGGUAAUCCCAAAGCAAUGGAGGCUGCUGGGCGGGCUUACUACAACCCCACUGAUCCCCACCAGGUCUACAUGCCCAUGGAGCAGCCUCCUCCCUACGCACCUUACCCCGGAGCACCAGAGAAGAAGAAUAACUAACCAAUCGCAGUCUGCUGUUUUCCUGCACUUUUCUCUCCCAUGGAACCUCUACAGUGACCUCCUUCUGUAGUGCAGACCUGCUGUGGUGCGACCAAUCCAAGACAUGGCGGACUUUAGUGAUAUUCCGGAAUCAAAAAUAAUGGACUGACUUUUAUCCUUCCACUUUGGUAUCGGAAUUCAUUCCAAAUCUUUUCCGUAUUUGUCUAUUAAGGUUUGAAGUUGAGUGGGACGUUUUCCAAGUGUUCUUAAGCUUUCGAUGAAAAUGUUCAGUUGUUUUGCCGAGAGCUUCUUUAUCCGCAAGUUUGUAGUGAUGCGGACAUUAUGAAGAAUGUAUUUUUAAACAAAAUGCUAACACCUUUCAUAGCAGAUACUCCCAAGCUUAUUAACACAAACUACCACAACCAGCAUUGUAAAUGAUAUUAUACAAUCAUGCUCCGGGCGCGCGCGCGUGUGUGUGUGUGCGUGCGAGUGUGUGUCUGUCUGUGUGUGUGUGUGUGUCUGUGUGUGCCCUCUAUUGUAUUCAUGAAUGCAUAGCCUGGCUGAAACCAGAACUGUCCACUCUGUAAUUACACUCUGUCAUGACCCCACUCAGGGGUACUAUGUAUCUCUCGUGUUCCACCUGUGAGAAGAUGUCUGAAAGUGGUUAGCUUAUUCCCCUUAAAAGCCCGCUCUAGGUAACUAAUGGAGCCGGUCACUGAGGCUCUGGGAACUCCAUUUUGGAUCUUGGCUUGCUUGAAUGAAUCAAAUGCCCUAUAGCUCGUUUGUAAUUCUAACUCCUUAUCUGGAUAUGUUUAAAAGUUACAAUAAAAGUAUAGUAGUUUCCACUGAUGUUGGUUUAAUGUAAUAGGCGUAACGGCUUGAACGAAUACAAUCUUUAACGAAGACAAUAUAAGAAAAAACAGUCACUUAAUACUAACUAGAUAUUUAUUAAGUAAAUGGCUAUUAUAUUCUCACGAAUAUCUACACUCCAUAUUUUCACAGAAAAUCACACACUACAAAGUAUUCCAUAACACCAUUUCAUAAUUAUAAUAAAUAACAUUUUUCAAUACAAAGUAUUCACCAGUAACUGCUUUGAUUUUGAUAAACAUAGAAGCCAGUAAUAUACGGUACACUAAACAUCUUCACACCUGGCUAUGGCUCACAUCCUAGUUUUUCAGUUUAGUUUUUGUGCAGAACUCAUUUGUGCUUUUUUCAAACAAGUGGUGCAAUGUAACAUGACAGGAUGGAUACAAAAGCCUAAAACGUGUGUUAACUUGAUACAAACAACUAGAACGGUAUAGAGUGGGUUUCAGAGUGUUUCCAGGCCGACCAUAUCUUGUUAUCGGGCCGAGCAGGAUGUUCUGUGAACUCUAUACUCUGCCCUCAGACCUGCAGUACCUAAAGGGCUGACCUCACCCCUAUAGCCUGAAAUAUUUAGUUCCCAACAUCUGACCUGUUGCACCGGGUUAAGUCCAGUCGGUAACCCGACCUUUAGCUCUGCGCUCUCCAGGACGGCUGCUCAGCCAGCAGACUUAAUUUAUGUUUGCCUAUUGAUUGAUUUUCAGGGUCUGAACCAAGAAGAGAACAACUAAAAUCUACCGCCCUACUAAACCUGCACCCUUUAACAUAUCCUUUUAUAAUUGAAGAAA